AAUGGUUUUAUGUCUCACGCACAAGACAAUGUGAUGCUGCCCAGUGCCCACCUUCCCCAAAUCAUCUUACCGCAUGGUGUGGUGGGGUAUAAACGGAUCCAUUGUGUUUUGUGUAUAUUUGAUCGGCUGUUAUCAGUGUCAUUUUAAAUAUAAUAAAAACAAUGGAAAAAAAAAAAAGAUCAGGCGCAUGUCUGUAGAUAAGCGGAAUUAUUCAGAAGGCUUCUGUUUUUUAUUGUCUUACAGAUUAUACAAGCAGUUUUACAUCAACUGUGGUUUGAUGGAGCAAUUGACAGUUGAAAAUGUCCAACUACUUCCUGCAAAAAAUGAUGACCAUGGAGGUGUAGUGAUAGAGCUUGAGGAGCAUAUGGACUCGGAUGUCUUUCUAACACUGCUUAAAACCUCAUUGUCACAGUGGACAACGCAGGGAAAGAAGGGCGUUUGGAUUAAAAUACCAAUCCUUCUUGUUAAUCUUGUGGAACCUGCAGUGAAGGAGGGUUUUUGUUAUCACCAUGCUGAAUCUGAUUACGUGAUGCUUGUUAAGUGGAUUCCUGAAACAACAAGCACUAUCCCUGCAAAUGCUUCUCAUAGAGUAGGUGUUGGUGCUGUUGUCUUGAAUCACAAACGAGAGAUGCUUGUUGUCCAAGAGAAGAAUGGGCCAUUACGUGGAAAGGGUAUCUGGAAGGUCCCAACUGGAAUUGUUGACGUGGGUGAAGAUAUCUGUACAGGGGCGAUUAGAGAAGUCAAAGAAGAGACUGGAAUAGAUACAGAGUUUGUUGAAGUACUAGCAUUCAGGCAAUGGCACAAGUCAUUCUUUGAGAAAUCGGAUUUAUUCUUUGUGUGCAUGAUGCGGCCACUGUCUUUUGAAAUCCAGAUUCAAGAAGUAGAAAUUGAGGCAGCCAAGUGGAUGCCAGUGGAGGAAGUUGCAGCUCAGCCUUUUGCUCAGAAAGAGAGUUUGUUGAGGUACAUCACUGAUUUAUGCAUAGCAAAGGUAGAGAGGGAUUACUCUGGAUUUUCUCCGCAUCCUGUAACAUCAGGUGUUAUUUAUCUCAACAAGCGAGAUCUAAAUUAAAAAAAUAAUCCUACAGACAAUGGUUCACCAUUUAUAAUCUAUUGUAACGUUACAUGAUAAAAAGAUUGAACCCAAAUGUUAUAGAUGUCUGUUUUACAAUAGAAGAGAUGCAACAAUGUAUAGAGGUUAACCCUACUCUACAUAAAUCCUACGGGUGAAUGGAAAAUUGAGUCUAAUAUUUAUUUAUCAUUACCCUCUUGUUAAAACUGUAAUUAACAAAU